AUGGCUGCGGGUAAAGAUGCCAACGAAAGCACUCCAAGAACAAGACAUAUUUCCAACAUGGUGGGCCACCAUGAUAAUUUCCCAGGAGGGCCCCGUUCAUCUCCCCACCCGCCCGUCAUCUUCAACCCGGACUUUUUUGUGGAAAAGCUUCGCCAUGAGAACGCCGAGGUGUUCCUGGAGCUUGUGUUGAGCAACAUCACUCGACUCAUCGAUCUUCCAGGCGUCGAGUUCUCCCAGCUCCUCGGCGAGGAUGGGCCUAAGACCCCUGGGUUCUUCCGCUCUUUCAACUUCCUCAAACGCAAAGAUAAAAGCACCAUGUUUGGGCCUGCAAUCUCUGAGAGUGGUGUUGCUCACAUAUACCGACUCAUUGAAUACCUGAGUAAAAAUCUACAUGUGGAGGGUCUGUUCCGGAUUCCAGGCAACAGUGUGCGGCAGCAUGCCUUGAAGGAGCUCUUGACCAGCGGCAAAGACGUUGACCUGCAUUCUGGAAAUUUCCAUCCUCAUGAUGUAGCAACACUGCUCAAGAGCUCUCUGGGGGAGCUGCCUGAGCCUCUGCUCACGCAUAGACACUUCCAUGCCCACCUCAAGAUUGCUGACAUGACACUGCUGGAUGAGCAUGGUAACAAGACAUCUGUACCCAACAAGGAACGUCAAGUGGAGGCUCUGCAGCUCCUCUUGCUCCUCCUACCCUCCACUAACCGCGCACUUCUGAAGAUGCUGCUGGACCUCCUCUACCACACCGCCAAGCAACAGGAUGCCAAUAAGAUGUCCGCAUUCAAUCUGGCCCUUAUGUUUGCCCCGCACGUGCUCUGGCCACGACACAUGACAGCCAAUGACCUGAAAGACCACCUGAAAACCCUGAAUAACAGCAUGGCCUUCCUCAUCAGAUACUCACAGAAACUCUUUAGGGCUCCAGUGUACCUGAGGGAACAUGCCCGAGCGCAUUUCAUGAAGAUAACCACCAUGCGGAGCAAGGACGACCUUGAUCUGUUGUCACAGAGCGGUUCACCCGGGCGGCAAGUUUCUUCCCCACUGAAGCGGCGGGUGGUCCCAGCUAGGAUCAAGGGUCCUUCAGAACAGUGCCAGUCGCCUGCUCAGCAGUACACGGAAGAGGCGCUUAAGGACCUCUUCAAGCACGUGCACCACAACAUGCCUGAUUCAGCUAAGAAAAAGAAACUGGUCCGACAGUUGGUCAAACAAACUGCAGCAGUUUCAGCAACCAGCCAGCAAGACGGGACCAGCAAGAAGCGCCCAAGGUCUCGUUCCUUCGCAGGACUAAUUAAGCGUAAAGCUCGAGCUGAUCAGCUGACGCCAGAUGCUGUCACCAGGGCAGUGCACAAAUGUGGCAAAGAGAAUGUUAUCCUACAGCAGGUAAAAACUCCACUGAAUGACGGCAAGCAGUGCAACGUGGGGCUGGUUUUUAAAAACCCAGACUUUGACUUUAGCAGGGACAACGCUGUAAAAGUGUUCAAGGACACGCCCUCAUCCGUGGCCAGAUUGUUCUCGUCGCCGCAGGAGGUUUCACUGUAG